AUGACUGUGUUGGUUAAAUUGAGAAAAAAGCUUGCACCUUUUUUUGAUGCUGAAACGCCAUUGAAGAAAGAGAAAAAAAAGGGAGAGAAAAAGUUUCUUUUGAUCUUCCUUUUCUUCCUUGUAAUGCUUGCCAUCUUUUUUCUGAGUUCUUCUAGGAAGUUGGUAUCAGUUAAUUCGUUUCUUGUUGAUUCAGCACCAAAGAGAUCAAAAGUCGACAAAGUUGAUCCAAUUGAUAGCCUAUUUGAAGGAUACGUAAAUAGGUCAUCGGGCUUGAUUGACCCAGAAGGGAUUGAAGCUCUUUGUGAUGAUUUGUAUGUGGACCAUACAGAUGUUAGAAUACUGAUUCUUGCUUGGAAAAUGGAAGCUAAAAAUCUGGGGUUUUUCUCUAAGGAUGAGUGGCGAAGAGGCCUUAAAGGCUUAGGAGUUGACACAAUCAGGAAAUUAAGAAAAGAACUUAAUGGACUGGAGAAAGAGGUGAUAGAACCACAGUGGUUUGAGGAUUUUUAUUUCUAUGCAUUUAAAUACAACCUAAUGGAAGAUCAUCAGCGGACUGUAGAUAUUGAUUCUGCUUGUCAGCUGUUAAAUGCUGUUCUGAGACCCGCAUAUCCUACUCAGGUCAAUUUACUAAUUGAGUAUCUAAAGAUUCAGAGUGACUAUGGCGCUUUAAGCAAAGAUCAUUGGACUUGUCUCUAUUAUUUCUUUAAAGAGGUUAACAUUCAAGAUCUUGAAAGUUAUGACUCCAGUCAAGCCUGGCCACUGAUCUUGGACAAUUUUAUUGAAUGGUUAAAAGAGAAAGAAAAGAACAUUUAG